AUGACUGAAAUUCGAUCAGACAAGGAUGGCUCUGCGGUUAUUACUCAAAUUAAUCCAAGUGGUAAUUUGCAAGAGUUAUCAGAUCACAUUCAAAAUAUAAAAAACACGACUCCAAAGCCUCUCAUCAGCUUCAGCAAAGGAGAACCUAUGGUUCUUGGUGUAAGUACAUCAAUUAAAAUAAUAAUGGACAAUUAAAAUGUUCUGCUUUAUUACUACACCCUACCCCCUGACCCUCCAUCCCCCUACCAUUGCCCCUCCAUCCCCCUACCCCCUCUCACUGCCCCUCCAACCCCCCUACACCCUGUCACCACCCCCCUCCACCCCACCUAUCCAUUGCUCCUGCCCCUCCAUACCCCUAUCCCCUGUUACUACCCCAUAUCCCCAUCACUGCCCCACCACACCCCCUACCCCCUGUCACUGCUCCUCCAAUCCCCCUACACCCUGUCACCGCCCCUCCAUUCCCCCUACCCCCUGUUACUGCCCCUCCAUCCCCCUACCCCGUGUUACUAACCCCUACCCCCUUUCACUGCCCCUCUGUGCCCCUACCCCCUGUUACUGCCUCCAUACCCUUACCCUGUGUUAUUGCCUCCAUCCCCUACCCCCUGUCACUGCACCUCCACCCCCCCUACCCUCUGUCACAGGCCAUCCUACCCACUGUCACAGCCCCUCCAUCCAGAGUAGGACCUGCCAAAGACGGGGCACAUUGACAUUGGGGCAGGCUUAUGCAAUGUAUGAUCAUAUCAUGUACCUAAACCCCCACUAUUUUUGCAUAGAUUAGGUGUUUUUAAAAAUACUAAUAAAAUCUGUCAACAUUGAAGUUGCUAUUUAGUGAAUAAGUGAGUGCGCUGGAUCUUGUGUAUUGUAUAAAUUGUCCUCCAGCAGCACUCCAUUUAUGCAUGUUCAGGUGAGUGCAGCCCCCUGGUUUCAUAUUUAAUCUUCAGGAUAUGAACUGGAAAACCAAAAUAGCUGCUUGUGCCAGGAGCACACAUAUUCUAAACUCCUUACUGGGACUAUCUCUAAAACAAGUGGUUGAGGAGCCAACUCGUUAGGAGGCCAUACUAGUUUUAGUGUUAACAAAUUGAGAUUUGAUAUCAGAUAUUACUGUAGGUGAAAGUUUAGGAUCCAGUGAUCACCAGUCAGUGUGGUUUAAUAUAAGAAGAGUGACUGAGUCACACCGCACAAAAACAAAAGUUUUAGACUUUAGAGAAACAGAUUUUUCUAAAAUUAGAAUGUGUGUAAGGGAGUCAUUGUCAGACUGGAGCAGUUUAAAUGGAGUCCAAGAGAAAUUGGAUUAUUUAAAAGUUGCACUUCUGAAGGCAACAGAAAAUUGUGUUAGGCUUGUCAGUAAGAGCAAAGAAUUAAAGAAACCACUGUGGUAAUCCGCAGAAGUGGCCAAAAUAGUAAAAAAAUCUAAGUUUGCAUCUAGUAAUUAUAAAAAAAUCCAUAGUAAGACAAACAGAUCUAUAAGAUUAGGCAGAAAGAGGCUAAGCAAGUUAUAAGAUCUUUCAAGUCACACACAAGAGAAAAUAGCCCAGUCAGUAAAAAAGGGGGAAAAUUUUUUUUUUUAGAUACAUAAAUGAGAAAAGGAAAGUAAAACAAGAAUUAGUUAGAUUAAAAACAAAAGAAGGGGGGACGGAGCCUGGCUUCCAGGCUGCAUGGACGUGCUGAAACUAAGCUCCUGACCACAAUGGCACGAUCUGGGGCAAAAAAAAAACCAAAAAUGCACGCACAGCACCUGGAGGGUGAUAGCACAGCCGGGGAUACCCAGGCGAACCGACGGAUACCAAUCAUUAACCAGUUACUGACCGGGAACCGGCACCCAUACCAAGAGGCCUACCCGUGGCCCUGCCGGGGAGAGGCAGCCACUCUCCUCGCGGGCGACUCUGCGGAGAGAUCCUCCAAACUACUAAGCUCCUACCCCCCGCCCCCGGACCUCCCGGUCCGCACAGUGUGUUUGGAGCGAGCCAUGAAACGAUGACAAAGCAGUGUUGUCUCCCACGAGGCACCUCCAAGAUGGCGGCUGAGAACACACCGCCGGUGCUGAUUCAAUUCCAGCAAACACAGAUUUACCAAGACACCACACAGCACCUGAACGCAAUAUUUAGACGCUGCUGGGCAAAACUCAGAGACCGCCUGAGAAAAGCACAGACUGCUCAGAGAUCUGCACAGACGUCGGGUAAGCGAGGCAGCCGGCAGCGGGGACAAGGGGGCAUACCCUCGGGCAAAACAACAGAUGACCCACACACCAACAAACCACAAAGCCCACCCGGGCUGGAGGCCAAAAGGGCUAAGAACCCCAUGCAUUACCCACACGCACGGAGGCUCCAACACCGUAAGCAGCCAGAGUCCAACAGGCCCUCCACUGCCCCCGGAAGGGGAAGAAACUCAGGCUCCAGAAGCUGCAGAGUUUGUGGUACAGAGAUGCAGGCCCCCGUGACAGCCUCAGGCUGGAGGGAUAUCCCCACAAUGCCCACUGCUACUGCGGCCUUCACCACUCCACCGACAACUGCUAAGUGCUUCACUAGAAACGGCAUCGGAUAAUAGAGACUCUCUACAUAAAGCCUCCUGAAAGGUCAGCGCCAAGCCCAUCAUCCAUCAGCUUAAGCCUGUUAUACUGCGUGACCAGGACUGACACCCAGGGAGAGCAGAAGCAUGAACACACACAGCUCUGAACCACAGUGACUUACAAGCUUACAGUAAUGUUAUAUGAUGUGCAAAUGUUAUUUUUUUCCUUGUUUUUUACUGUUAUGAGUUCCCAGCAUAUAAUCUACAUCUUAUACACUAAGCUCAAGAAUAACUAACGUUGAUAUACACUAUAAAAUUGUGCAUUGUCUAGCGUUUACCCUACUUGUUAUCUAUGCCAAACAGCUUGGGGCAAAUCUGUAUUCAUUAUCUGCACUGCAAAGAUAAAAAAAAAAGGUAGGUAGGUAUGUAGAAGAGGAAGGUCUAUCUUACUGCCUCAAUGAAUAUUUUUGUUCAGUGUUUACAGAUGAAAAUGAAGGAAAGGGACCUCAGUUAGGAAAAAGGACAAAUGAGUCAUUUGUUACAUGUGAGUUUACAGAGGAAGAGGUUCUAUUUCAACGGUCAAAAAUAAAGACAAAUAAGUCAAUGGGACCUGAUGGAAUACACCCAAAGUUAUUAAAAGAGCUCAGUGGUGUACUAGCAAAACCAUUAACAGAUUUAUUUAUCCAAUCAUUGUUAACGGGAGUAGUCCCAGAAGAUUGGAAAUUAGCAAAUGUUGUGCCCAUUCACAAGAAAGGUAGUAGGGAGGAGUCGGGCAUUUAUAGGCCAGUAAGCCUUAAUUCAGUAGUGGUGAAAGUAAUGGAAACCAUGUUAAAGGAUAGGAUUGUUGAACAUCUAAAAUCACAGAGAUUUAAAGAUCAGAGACAACAUGGGUUUACUUCAGGGAGGUCAUGCCAAACUAAUCUUAUUGAUUUUUUUGGAUUGUAUAACUAAAAUAUUUGAUCAGGGUGGUGCGGUAGACAUUGCUUACCUAGCUUUCAGUAAGGCUUUUGACAAUGUUGCACAUAGAAGACUUAUCAAUAAACUGCAAUCUUUAAGUUUGGAUUCCAAUAUUGUUAAAUAGGUUUGGCAGUGGCUGAAUGACAGGCAAAAGAGGGUUGUAGUCAAUGGAGUAUAUUCGAAGCAAGGUCUUGUUACCAGUGGGAUACCUCAGGGAUCUGUACUUUGACCCAUUCUCUUUAAUAUUUUUAUUAGUAAUAUUGCAGAAGGUCUUGGUGGUAAGGUAUGUCUUUUUGCUGAUGAUACAAAACUAUAUAACAGGGUUGAUGUUCCACGAGGGAUAAGCCAAAUCGUUUAGGUAAACUAGAAAAAUGGUCAGAGCUGUGGCAACUGACAUUUUAUGUGGAUAAGUGCAAGAUAAUGCAUCUUGGACGUAAAAAACCCAAAGGCAGAGUAUAGAAUAUUUGAUAGAGUCCUAACCUCAACAUCUGAGAAAAGGGAUUUAGGGGUAAUAAUUUCAGAUGACUUAAAAGUAGGCAGACAGUGUAAUAGAGCAGCAGGAAAUGCUAGCAGAAUGCUUGGUUGUAUAGGGAGAAGUAGAAAGAGGGAAGUGAUCAUACCAUUGUACAGAACACUAGUGAGACCUCACUUGGAGUACUGUAUGCAGUACUGGAGACCAUAUCUCCAGAAGGAUAUUGAUACUCUGGAGAAAGUUCAGAGAAAGGCUACUAAACUGGUCCAUAGAUUACAGGAUAAAACUUACAAGGAAAGGUUAAAGGAUCUUAACAUGUAUAGUUUGGAGGAAAGACGAGACGGGGGAGGCAGGGGGGAUAUGAUAGAAACAUUUAAAUACAUAAAGGUAAUCAACACAGUAAAGGAGGAGACUAUAUUUAAAAGAAGAAAAACUAGGGGGCGUGUCCUAGUGGCGGACGAGGACGGACGCGUGAGUGCUGAGCUCCUCCACUGUACGGUGUUUGCAGCACAGACACGGCGUACACCCGACCGCAAAAACCAGCAGAACGGCGGGUAAAUACUUGCCGCACACCACAGGCGCAAAUGGCGGCGAAAUCGUGCAAGAAGUUGAAGCAGAAAACGCUUCAAAUGCACCUCACCUCGGCCACCAUGCAGGAGAUGGCGGGACAAGAUGGCGCCGACGGCCCGAGCUCACCAGCCUCCGUUUCGGAAGUGAGUGACCCUGCUCACAGCAUGGUUGACUACUCUGCCCCAGUUACAACUGCCACUCUCAAAUCCUUACUUGCAGACCUAAAAUCCACAUUCCACACAGACCUCAUGCAAAUAGCAUCAGACAUCAGGUCAGAUAUUCAACAAGUGGGAGACAGGACUGCAAAGUUAGAAGAAAGGGCAGACGAAAUAACAGACGCCCAUAACUCUCUGGCAGAUGCCUAUACUGAACUACAAGACAAGCUUAAAAGGCUAGAAGACAAAGUGGCCGACCAUGAAGAUAGAGAUCGGCGUAAUAACAUCAGGCUGAGGGGGAUUCCAGAAUCAGUAGCACCGCAAGAGCUGCAAUCCUACGUACAGGACAUUUUUAAAGAAUAUGUGCCAGAAUUAACGGAAGGAGAGCUCUUACUCGAUCGGACCCACAGGUUGCCCAAACCAAAACACCUGGGCCCACAAACUCCCAGAGAUGUAAUCACGAAGAUACACUACUUUACUACUAAAGAAAGAGUCAUGCACGCAGCGCGACGAAACCCUCCCCCACCGGGGUGAUUUAACCAAAUUAAGUUAUUUAUUGAUCUAUCUGCAUCGACGUUGAUGAAACGGAAAGCCUUUGCCCCCAUCACUGCAGCACUACGAGAGGCAAAUUAUUCAGUACAAGUGGGGCUUUCCAACCAGACUUUUAAUCAAACGCAAUGGGACAGAUUCCAGUAUUGCAUCUCCCGAAGAAGGAAGGAAGAUAUUGCGGGCCUGGGACAUCCCUCUCACUACCACAAUGACUCCCGCACUACAACACACCAAAUCACCAGUGAAAUUGAAUAGAGUUUGGACUCAAGUGCCACGCGGCUGGUCGCAGGAACCUACAUGACCUCUACAAAGGGACGAUAAGUAUCCUCAUUUGCUGUGCCUAACCCGUGUUACACUGCUAUAUUACUGUUGAUAUGAAAAGACAACACACUCACACAAAAAAACAAAAAAACAAAAAAAAAAACAACUGUAUAUAUCCAAAUAGUGUAUGCCUUGUUAAGAUCUUAGCAAUUGUAACAACGUACGGAGCACUGCGUCCGGUAUGGGUCUCUUAUGUACGUAGACCCACUAAUCUGUUGCUGGUCACCUACCCCCCAAAGUGGCUUAAUUAUGAGCCUUAUCAUUAACUGUUUUCCACCUCUUGGUCGACUUCGCUUGACCAACGGUUUUAUGUACAUAGUUUGCAUGUUUUUCCUUAUGUUUUUACCCUCUCUUUUAUGUUUGUUUUCUGAUAACUAUGAUUUUAGUGUACAGACUUGGCUUAUUCUAAAGAUCCUAGGGAUACCAGUAUCACCUCACCAUUCUAUCCACCCAUGGGACCUAAAUAUCAGGCCACUACAUAUAUACCAGGUAUGAAUUGGGAUGACCGACAUAUAUGCUGGACCUUUGGCCCCUGUGCAAUGCCCGCAGAUUGGGGGGAGACUCAUAGACUCGCGAAGGGGGGGCUUGGUGGUCCCACUCCUCCCACUUGUAACAUUAGACCGCUGACCAUACACCAUGGUGCUUAAUAUCUUUUCCCUGAAUACCAAGGGGCUCAAUUCUCCACACAAGAGGCGCUUAGCGCUAAAGGAGGCUAAAUCCCUAGAUGCCCAUGUGGCAUUCUUUCAAGAAACACAUUUCAAAUGGGGCCAACGUCCAAAAUUUACUUCCACAGCAUACCCCAUAGAUUAUCAUGCUUGCUAUGCAAAAAAAAAAAAGAGGAGUGUCCAUCUUAAUAAGCAAAGAUGUAGCUUUCUCCCUAGUUCGCAAAAUUGGAGACAAGAAAGGCAGAUAUAUAGUGCUACAAUGCUAUGUUAACAACAACCCGUAUACGUUUAUUAAUGUGUAUAGCCCCAAUGAUCAACAAAUUGAUUUCUUGGAAUUGGUUUUGAUGCUAUGUACAAAACAUGCCUUUGGAGAGGUGAUAGUGGGGGGGGACACCAAUUUUUUGUUAGAUGAUUGUCUAGAUUCCUCGCACCAGAAACCCCUACAGAACCAGACCAUCAAAACCAGGCGGAAGUUAAUCACUCGUAUUAGACACAUCCUCACAGCGCACGAUUAUGUAGACCCAUGGCGCAUACAACACCCUAGCGAAAGGGACUUUACAUGCCACUCGGCAGCGCACAAUUGCUAUUCCAGGAUAGAUCGAUUUCUGGUUCCCUUAGGGAUGCUCCCCAAAAUAGAAAGUACCCACAUCGGGCUCAUUAGUUGGUCUGACCAUGCACCAGUUACUAUGUCCCUAACAGAACGAUUCCCGACUAAAGGCCGAGGCAGCUGGCGCUUAAAUGACUGGCUAUUAAAGGACCCGAGUGUAAUGGACCAGGUUAAACAAGACCUACAGCACUACUUCCAAGGCAAUACAGAACAAAGUUCCACCCCUGAUCAAAUCUGGUUAGCACACAAAGCAGUAAUUAGGGGGUGCUUCAUUAAAGACGCUAGUUAUGCCAAAAAGAAACGCCUCGAGAAUUACACUAACAUCCUGAAGGAACUUACUGAGGCCACACACUCAAACAAACUAACCCCAACCCCUACUUACCAUGCCACUAUCUUACGAUUGCAGAACCAAUUGCGCGACCUGGAAUUGUCCAAGUCAACGACACUGCUAAGACGUAUGAAACAUAGCUUCUUUGCUUCGGGAAACAGAGCAGGAGCCAAACUGGCUUCCCAGCUAAAAGCACGUUCCAAAGCCGUUAAACUCUCACACCUCCUGGAUGCUAAAGGAGGGAAAAUACUAGACCCGCAACACAUAGCAGACACGUUUGCUACCUACUACAGUAAAUUAUACAAUCUCAACACAGAUCCACAAGUGCCCACUCCCUCCGCCACAGAAAUAAACAGGUUCCUAUCAGACCUUACGCUUCCGUCUCUGAGCGAAGACGACGCGAAUUCACUCCUCACCCCUUUCACCAUUGAGGAAAUUUCUUCCACAAUUGAAUCCCUCCCGGCACAGAAAGCGCCUGGACCAGAUGGUCUGCCUAACGCCUAUUACCGCACGUACCAGACAACUCUAGCCCCCCAUUUACUGAACCUUUUCAACCACAGCAUACAAAAAGGGACAUUACCGGAUGAAUUGUUGUUAGCCCAUAUCUUGACGUUACCUAAACCGGGGAAGCCACCGACAGAGUGCAAAAACUUUAGACCCAUCUCCCUUCUCAACUGUGACGCAAAGAUAUACGCUAAAAUUCUCAGUAACAGACUGGCCAAAUUCCUGCCCAAACUCAUACACAAUGACCAAACCGGCUUUAUCAAAGGUAGGCAGGGUUCAGACAAUUCCAGGAAGGUAUUGAAUCUCUUAGCUGAACUGGAAAGAACCAAAGGUCAAGGCCUCUUCUUGGCGCUCGACGCAGAGAAGGCCUUUGAUAGGCUCAACUGGGCUUAUAUGCAAAAGGUUCUUCACAAAUUUAGCUUUCCUCCUCCCAAAUCAUGGCACUAUACACCACCCCGGCUGCCAAGGUGUCCUGCGGUGGUUUCCUCUCCUCGAAGUUUCAUAUAACGAAUGGGACUAGACAGGGCUGCCCACUCUCUCCCCUGUUGUAUAUCCUCUCCCUGGAACCCCUGGCCCAAAAGAUUAGGGAUCACGAACAUAUACGAGGUAUACCCGUUAAAGGAAAAGAAUACCGACUUUCUCUUUUUGCGGACAAUGUUAUAAUAUCCCUCUCAAACCCAAGACGAGCGCUACCUCAUAUUCUCGAUCUGCUGACACAAUUUGGGAACGUCUCCCAUUACAAAUUAAACCGAGACAAAACACAGGCGCUACCUGUUAGUAUACCCCAGGACGUUUUAGAUGCCUUAAAAUCCUCUUACCAAUUCGACUGGAGAAAUAGCACCUUAACGUACCUGGGGGUUAAAAUAUCUCCUACAAUGGCAGGAAUUAUAAAACAUAAUUACACACCUCUAUUACAGCUAUGCACGAAGGAGUUAGCAGGUUGGAAAGCAACCCACCUAUCCUGGCUAGGUAAGAGUAACACGUUCAAGAUGAUGACUCUCCCAAAACUCCUUUAUGUGUUUCGCAUGCUCCCUCUCCCGAUACCCGCUGCACUAUUUAAGGCACUACAAUCCUCCUGUAACACAUUCGUUUGGGGGGGGCAAAAAAGCGAGGUUACCACUUAAGCUACUACAAAAUACACCUGACAGAGGGGGAGUGGGCCUUCCUAACAUUCACCUCUACUUCAAAGCAGCCGCCCUGGCGACAUGUAUAGCGGCACACUCACCCCAAGGCCACACACAAUGGGUGGAUAUGGAGAGGGACCAAUUUCAAGAUAAUUCCAUGACGGACUAUUUGUGGACUCCAAAACGCCUUCGUUACAUGCACACACCUUUUUUCCCUACCACUAGGCUGACUAUAUUGAUGUGGGAUUCCUUUAUGGCCCAAAUAGGCUACAGGCAUAAGCUGCAUCCCAAGGCCCCCCUAACGGCACUAAAAACCAUAACCCAAUCACUUUCUCUUUCCCACUGGACACGAAUGGGUUUAGACAGACUUGAGCACUUCUUGGAAGACAGUCAUAAAGUAAUAUCCUUCCCAGAACUAAGGAGGAAAUGGAACGUGCCUGCCCAGGACACUUUCAAAUACUUGCAAGUCAGGAGUAUACUGACUUCCCACGCUCUGCCCCCGCCAACUCCUACCAGCAUGAAUAACCCAUUAAUGUCCUCUCUGAUUAUGCUUAGAUGUAGGGACACACCGAACAAACCUAAAGCCCUCUCCAUUUGCUACAGAACAUGGCUAGCAAUGCAGCCAGAUGUACCGCUGCUGUGCAAAAAGCAAUGGGAGGGGGAAUUGGGUACGGACCUACCGGAUGGUACCUGGUUGGGUGCCUUGAACGGCCUGUCUAAAUGGACAAAAUGUUAUUCCCACAUAGAAGCCCACAAAAACCUACUUUACCGAUGGUACCUUACCCCAACUAAGCUACACAAAAUAUACCCGACUGUGUCUCCCCUGUGCUGGAGGUGUGGAGUGGAGGAGGGCACGAUGAUGCACAUUUGGUGGUCCUGCACCGGCAUCACACCUUUGUGGGAAGAUGUAGGAACACUUCUGAGACAAUUGGGACUUUCAGCUUUCUCCCCAUCCAUUCCCAACUGCAUAUUACUGCUACCCGAAACCAAGGUUAAAUCAAUCUAUCACCAACUAGUAGCGAUAACCUCUCUAGCAGCUAGAAACCUCAUAGCGACAAAUUGGAAAAGCACAAUAUGUCCGCCCAUGUCACAAUUAAAGGAUAAAUUGCAACAAUACUAUAUUUACGAAAAAAUUUCUCUGGGCUCCCCCUCCCAAGCCCUUAGGUUUCGAGAAACAUGGUGCAAGUGGACUCAGCUGACGAACCAGCAAGCCACAUGAGAUGACAUACUGGGUUCAAAUACUGACCUCUAGACCCCUAAAGGAUUGAUCAAUAAUCUUGGGAAAUAUGCCACCAAGCAGAUUACACUUUGUCCCCCUGUUCUGUUUCUCCCGUUUCCUUCCCCAUCUCCGUCCCUUCCCCGGUUUACUACUGCUCCCCUUCUGUCUAUGCUAUACACAGAUGCAUGCGGGACUACCCCGCGACCAUUUGCAGGUAUAUGACAUGCCAUGUUGGCAAGUUAUUGGAACUACAACCUUAUGAAUAUGUUAGGCUGUGUUAAAAUACAUACUUAUGUUUUGUAAGCAAGCUGCGACUUGCACUACUAAUAUGUUAUUGUCUUUGUACAUGCGACUGUGUACGGUGUUUUGCCCACUCGUUGUAAAACCAAUAAAAUACAAUUUGAAAAAAAAAAGAAGAAAAACUACCACAACAAGAGGGCAUAGUCUUAAAUUAGAGGGGCAAAGGUUUAAAAAUAAUAUCAGGAAGUGUUACUUUGCUGAGAGGGUAAUGGAUGCAUGGAAUAGCCUUCCAGCUAAAGUGGUAGAGAUUAACACAGUGAAGGUGUUUAAGCAUGCGUGGGAUAGGCAUAAGCCUAUCCUAGACUAAAGAUAAGGACAGGGACUAAUGAAAGUAUUUAGAAUAUUGGGCAGACUAAAUGGGCCAAAAGGUUCUUAUCUGCCGUCAUAUUCUAUGUUUCUGGGAUAUAAAAACUUCUAACACAAGUUAACCUCUGAUUGAAAAUAAAACCAUUUUGUAUUCAUGAAGACUGUGUGAGUCACAGGCAGGGGUAGUGUGGCUAGGGCUGCAUAAUCAGAAACAGUAAUUUAACUCCUAAAUAGCAGAGAAUAGAGCAGUGAGACUGCAGGGGCAUGAUCUAUAAACCAAAACUGCGUAAUUAACCUAAAGUUGUUUUGAUGCCUAUAGUAUACUUUUAAAAGUGUAGAAAAUUGUGUUACACAAUACCUUGUCUGAUCAUUCAUCAAUGCUUCUUUCAAAGGAGAUAUAAUAAGUUCCAUUAUACAUAAAAAAAAGAGAAAAUAGUGGAGAAUGUUCUAGUACAGUACAACAUAUUCAUUUAUUUUACCAAACUUAAAGCCAGAAUACAAGUAAAUUGCUCUUUUGCCAGCACCACUCUCCCUCCCUGGUCUCCUCUUCCAGUUACUUUAUUUUUAGUGCAUUCCAAGUGUGUGAUAUAUUAUAUAUUAUAUAUAUACACACAGUGACAAAUGCUGACACUCAAAUGCUCUUUAAACAGAAAAAAAAUCGGAAAUAGAAAUGACUGAAUCUUUCAUGCAGUUAAACCAUCUUUCCUAGUAAACCAUGACAACAUAACUGAUCACGUAUCCCCGCCUCUCAGGUGAUUUGAAAGGAUCUUUAAAAGGCAAUUAAAUAAUCACUUAUCUUGUAUACAAAGCUCCCUCCUACCCAGCAUCCCCAGUCUUUUUUUUUUUUUUUCUCAAAUUUGUUACUUUGUGAUAUGUGUGCAUAUCCACUUCCAGCUAAUGCCAACAUUUCUUUGACAGCGUUCUUCUUCACAGUUAUCUUCGCUUGUUUUACUCUACUUAGGACCACUGGGGAGAGGAAAGGGGUUAAAACUUACCUUUCUCCAGCACCGGGCGGGGAGCUCUCCGCCUCCGAUCCUCCUCCUCUCCUCCCUUUCGGCUGAAUGCGCACGCAUUCAGCCGGUCUCAUAGGAAAGCAUUUACAAUGCUUUCCUAUGGACGCUUGCGUACUCUCACUGUGAUUUUCACAGUGAGAAUCACGCAAGCGCCUCUAGCGGCUGUCAAUGAGACAGCCACUAGAGGAUUUGAGGGCUGGAUUAACCCAUUUAUAAACAUAGCAGUUUCUCUGCUAUGCUUCUCCGGUUCGGUGGUUAUGGUGUCUGCUGCAGUGUUGGAGUCCUCAGGAAGCGCUAGGAGCAUCCUUCAACGGAGGUACCCAGUCGGGGUGCCAGGUGAUCCGUUACAAUGACCCUUUUGGAUACGGCUAUGAAUCCAUAACAGAAGAUGUGGAAUUGUAAAUAUCUAUGUAAUAAAAAUAAAACAUGUAUGUCUUGUCCAGUUCUUCAUUGAAUUCACAAUUGCCCUUAUACAAUAUGAAAUUAUUAAGAGGUAUGUGAUUUUGUGAAUAUAUAAAUAAUACAUUUUGUAAAUAUUAAAUGCAUUUUGUGAAUAUAUAUUUUUUCUGUAUUAUUUUCCAUACAGGUGACUCAGAUAUUUUCAGGAAUAUUAUUCAUUAUUUUUGGCAUUAUUUUUUGUUUUCUUCCACAAUAUGGACCAUACAUGUAUUUCCUGAUCCUUAAUAGUGGUUUACCUUUUUGGUCUGGAGUAAUGGUAAGAAAAUUAAUACAUUUUUAUUCCUCUCACCAAAUCUCAGUUCUUGAAUAUCUUACUGUGCUACAUAGGUUAAUAUUACUCUAUAGAGAUAAGAACGCCUCCUGUUUCAUACAUAAUUUAUGAAGAAUAUUUAUAGUGAUUUUAUUUUUCUUUCUUAUGUUUAUUUAGUUUGUUUGUUUGUUUUUGUCAUAAAGGCAUUAAUGUUUUUUAGAUUCUUGAAUUAAGGCAGCAUUGCAGGUUCUGGUAUUUUCCAGAAGUCAGUUUUGCAUUGUGUUCAUCCUGUAGACCAGUUCUGAGCAUUUUGCUAUCAUUAAUAUAUCCCUAAACAAAAACAUACGAUUUCUGGAAAGAAAUUGCUAUAUUGUUUGUUAAUACGUACAGAUGGAAGUUUUAAACACAUAAUUACAUAUGACAAGUAUGAAAAAGGAACAAAAUUAAAUAUGUACAUUUUUGUUGACCUAUCAGACCCCUGUCAUACACUCCUGUAAUGAGGCAUUUUCACUACAUGGACCAGAUGUCAUCAACGCACAAGAAAUCCAUUGUAGUGAGACAUUUGAAUGUGCCUAAAUCUAGAUUCUGCAAAACGAUAAAUGUCUUAAUCAUCCUUUAUUUUUGUAAAGGGUUUAGGUAGUGGAGGAUAAUUCUAUACUGAUCCAUGUUUUCUUCAUUCUUUCCUAACAUCCCUUUUCUCUCAAUUUUCCUUGUUUCUUCACUUUCUCUUUUAAUAUGCUAUUCAACCUACCCUUGAAUUUGUACAUGAUCUGUGUUCUAAAGAAUGAUCCAAAUGGUCCUUUCAUGGUAAUAGACUUUUUUACAUCCUAUAUCGUACUUAAUUUGUCAUAAAAUGUGCUAAAUUAAAACACGAUGAUGGUUUUAUUUUAGACAUGUAUGUGUUUCUUAGCAACAACUAAAAAUGGAAUUUAAAAAAAUAUAAAAUAUGUUCCUCCGGUUUUUCUACCCCAAUUAUAAAUAUAAAAAUUCAGACAGGUUCAAAUGCAUCAUGCAGUGACCAUGCAUAUUUAGCCUGUGUGUUUGUGUUUGAAUUGUAGAUGAUUCAUUCACCAUUCUUUUUAAUCCUCAAAAAUCCAAUGUGAUAUUUUGAAAAACAAACUGUUACAUCUGUCUCUUUAAUUGCAACAGUUCUGUCCAUAUAAACAUCUUGAUAAGACAAGAAAACACAUGUAUUUUCUGUGAGUCGUGUAUAUGACAAUGUGCUUUUUGGGGAAAAAAAUGCCUGAAUAAAACCAUCAAACUGUGUUUUAUUUUUUGCUUAUUGGGGGAUUUCCUUAUAUCGGUGCUCUGUGCCUUUAAGACCAAAACUAUUUUAAAGUGCAGCAAAUGUGAACAAGUGCAUUAUGCAUUAAAGUGCAUAAAAACAUUUUAUCACUUGUGAAUCAUGAGAAAAGUGCAAACUGGGGUGGAAAGUUGUACACUCACUCUAAAUUUCAUAUGCUGUCAUAUGUUUCAGAGAACAUGGAAAAAAAAGAGAAACAGAGUACAAAUAGUGUAAAUCUGUGACACAAUAGGAUCAAUAUUAAUGGAUGCAGUUUACACGCACAAAAUUAGAGCAGAUAAGCCUGCUCUAACUGUAGUGGCUUCCAUGCAAAAGAUUAAGGACCACUAUAGGCACCCAGACCACUUCAGCUCAAUGAAGUGGUCUGGGUGCCAGAUCCAUCUAGGAUUAACCCUGCCUGCUGUAAACAUAGCAGUUUCAGAGAAACUGCUAUGUUUACCUAUGGGUUAAUCCAGCCUCUAGUAAAUCCAGCCUCUGUGAUUUUCACAGUGAGAAGAUGCCAGCGUCUAUAGGAAAGCAUUGAGAAUGCUUUCCUAUGGACUGACUGAAUGCGCGCGCACGAGGAGGAAAGUCCCCAGCGCCGAGGGAGGGAGAAAGAUAAGAUGUUAACCCCUUCCUCCCACUUGAGCCCGGCGGGAGGGGGGCAAUGAGGGUGGGGGGGACCUAUUAACACUAUAGUGCCAGGAAAACGAGUUUGUUUUCCUGGCACUAUAGUGGUUCUUUAAUAAAAUAAUCAAGUUGCUAUUGUCUGAUUUGAGUGUUGCAAUUUCUAAUCUGCUUUAAUGUUAACACUAUUAAAUGCACCACAUUAGUCAUACACACAGGAUCAAGGCAAUAUAACUGAAUUAUAAAAAUGACUGCAUGUAAAGCUACCGCCACAGCACUAGGUAGCGUGCACAGCCGUUGCCACAGUACUUGAAGACACUCACAGCACUAGCUACAGUAUCAGUAAGUGUCCAAGAGUACCAGAUUGCACCUACAACACUUCCUGCACCUCAUAAAUGCCAGUAAUAAUAAUAAUAUUAAUAAAGGGCCCUGGAGGGGGCCCUCUAACAGAGGCCGUCUCAGGAUGCAUUAGAGAGUCUAUUAGAAAUAAAUAAAUUUUCACCUGUGUAUCUCUUAACCUCCGUUUUGUGUUACUUAUCCCAUCUUUUGAAUGUCUUCGCCCUCUUAGUCUAUCUACCCCUUUAGUUUACUUUAUCCUCCAUUUUUCCCCUUUGUGUCUUACACCCCUUGUGUGUCUCUUACUUUCCCCCAGCCCCUUUGUGUGUCAUUGUCCCCUUCCCCAGUUCCUCUGUGUGUCUCUUUAUCUUCUUCACAGCCCCUGUGUGUCACUGUCCACUUUUCAAGCUUCUCUGUCUGUGUCAUUGUCCCCUUCCUCAGCCCCUCUGUGUAUCCCUGUCCCCAUCCCCAGCUCCUCUGUGUAUCACUGUCCCCUUCCAAGCCCCUCAGUGUGUGUCAUUGUCCCUUUCCCGGACCCUCAGUGUGUUUCAUUGACCUCUACUCCAGCCCCUCUGUGUUUCUGCUCUCCACUCUUAGACUGCUAAUUACACACACACACAGAGUGCUGAAUACAUGCACACACAGACUACUGAAUACACACACACAGACUGCUGAAUAUACACACGCAGAUUGCUCAAUACACACAGAGACUGCCCCCAUGCUUCACUUACCUAAUAUCUAAGCUGCCCAUCAUGCCUCACUUACCUGAUCUGUAGGCUGCCCCCAUGCCUUCACUUACCUAAUCUGUAGUCUGCCCCCUAUCCCUUACUUACCUGUCUGUAGUCUUCCCCUAUCCCUUACAUACCUGAUCGGUAGGCUGCCCCCCCCUCCCAUGCCUCACUUACUGAUCUGUAGGCUUCCCCCCCAUCCCUCACUUACCAGAUCUGUAGGCUGCCCCCCCAUCCCUCACUUACCUAAUCUGUAGGCUGCCCCUCAUUCCCCCCAUGCUUCACUUACCUGAUCUGAAGGUUGCCUCACUUCCCCUAUCCCUCACUUACCUGAUCUGUAGGCUGUCUCUGCAGUCUGGAAGUUGUUGGCUGCACUCUGUGCCGUUCCCCUGCGGAUUCAGUCAGGAAAGAGAAGCAGGGAUAAGAUGCAGCUUUCUAUCCCUGCCUCUCUCCAUACACAAUGCCACCUACUGGCCGGUGCCGGUAUUGCAGUGUAUUCUGAAUCUCAAAAGAAAAAUAGCACAAACUGAAAAAUCCAGGGGGGGGGGGGAGGAAGGUUGCAAAUGAUAAUAAAGUUGAAGUUGUCAGAAUGCUAAUGUCAAAUUUUAUAUUUACAGUAUAUUAUAUCUGGAUCAUUAUCAAUUAGUGCUGCAGUGAAACCAACAUUAGGAAAGGUAAGACCACAUACUACUUGUUAUAAAUAUAAUGAAAACUGUUAAAAGGGGAACGGUCACUUGUUCAAAUUGUUCAAUAGUAUGUAUACUAAUCCCUGUAUUCCUGUAUUUAUCAAAUGUGUAUUUGUGAAAUGUAAAAAAUAAAAUUAAAUAUAAAAAUCCAGACUUUUUUUAUCCUGCAAUUGGGCACCUCUAUCUUAGCUACCUGUCAAUCAUUGUUAUAAUAUCUGUCCUUUGCAUCUGGCAGUCAGAAUAGAGAGAUCAUACAGAGAUAAGGAGAUUUGAAACAAUGUUUCUAUUUCUCCUCCUCACUAGCAAUGUCUGCCAUGACUUUGCCUUGUCUGAACUUGAUUGUGAUGUAAUUUACUAAAUUAUUAAUAUAAAGCUCAAAGAAAACACAUUUUAUGGGGGAAAAAACAAACACGUUUUAGGUGAUUUUUGAUGUUUUAUAUGAUGGUGUAAAUUCCCAAAAUGUGGCAUUUUCCCUUACCACACUCCAUUUAUUGCCCUGUCUCAGGAGUUGCUUCAGCAAUGGCUAAACCGAGAUAUUGGGUUAAAUGAUGUUUAUUGCAGGGGUUAUCUUUAUUAAAUACAUAUUUAUUCUGCAUUUAGAGGGAGGGUGCAAUUUAAAUAGAAGAAAUAAACCUGAAAUAAUACAGGUACUACUUCCUUCUCAUUCCAAAGAAAUCAUAUAAAUGAAACCACAACAUAUGCAGGUGAUACUCGAAAAAUUAGAAUAUCGUGCAAAAGUUCAUUUAUUUCAGUAAUGCAACGUAAAAGGGGAAACUAAUAUAUGAGAUAGACACAUUACAUGCAAAGCAAGAUAGUUCAAGCUGUGAUUUGUCAGAAGUGCGAUGAUUAUGGCUUACAGCUCAUGAAAACCCCAAAUCCACAAUCUCAGUAAAUUAGAAUGUUGUGAAAAGGUGCAAUAUUCUAGGCUCACAGUGUCCCACUCUAAUCAGCUAAGUAAGCCAUAACAGCCUUUAAAUGGUCUCUCAGUCUGGUUCAGUAGGAAUCACAAUCAUGGGGAAGACUGCUGACCUGACAGUUGUGCAGAAAACCAUAUUUGACACCCUCCUUAAGGAAGGAAAGCCUCAAAAGGUAAUUGCGAAGGAAGUUGGAUGUUCCCAAAGUGCUGUAUCAAAGCACAUUUAUAGAAAGUUGUGUGGAAGGGAAAAGUGUGGAAGAAAAAGGUGCACAAGCAGCAGGGAUGACCACAGCCUGGAGAGGAUUGUCAGGAAAAGGCCAUUCAAAUGUGUUGGGGACUUUCACAAGGAGUGGACUGAGGCAGUGCAUCAAGAGCCACCACACACAGACGGAUCUUGGACAUGGGCUUCAGAUGUCGUAUUCCUCUUGUCAAGCCGCUCCUAAACAACAAACAACGUCAGAAGCGUCUUACCUGGGCUAAAGAAAAACAGACCUAGUCUGUUGCUCAGUGGUCUAAAGUCCUCUUUUCUGAUGAGAGCAACUUUUGCAUCUCAUUUGUAAACCAAGGACCCAGAGUCUGGAGGAAGAAUGGAGAGGCACACACUGCAAGAUGCUUGAAGUCCAGUGUGAAGUUUCCACAGUCUGUGUUGAUUUGGGGAGCCAUGUCAUCUGCUGGUGUUGGUCCACUGUGCUUCAUUAAGUCCAGAGUCAACGCAACCGUCUACCAGGAGAUUUUGGAGCACUUCAUGCUUCCUUUCACAGAUGAGCUUUAUGGGGAUGCUGACUUCAUUUUCCAGUAGGUCUUGGCACCUGCCCACACUGCCAAAAGCACCAAAGCCUGGUUCAAUGACCGUGGAAUUACUGUGCUUGAUUGACCAGCAAACUCGCCUGACCUGAACCCCAUACAGAAUCUGCCAAGAGAAAGAUGAGAGACAUGAGACCGAACAAUGCAGAAGAGCUGAAGGCCGCUAUUGAAGCAUCCUGGUCUUCCAUAACACCUCAGCAGUGCCACAGGCUGAUAGCUUCCAUGCCACGCCGCAUUCAGGGCCGUCUUUAACGCGGGGCAAAAGGGGCAGCUGCCCCGGGCCCUGUCAUUCCUAGGGGGCCCAAAGCAGCUGCCCCUUGAGCCCGCUGGCCGCUGUGGUGCUUGCGGGCAGACCACUGCGGGCCGCACGAUGAGGGGCCCCAUCGGGUGGCCCAUGCUCUUAGGGCCACCCGAUGGCAAUGAAUCUGCAGGGGCCCGGUCAGCACUGCGGCACUUUAACAGUGCGACCGGGCCCCCAGUGAUGAGGUCAGCGCUAGGAGGAAGUGCAGUCACUUCCUCCUAGCUAACACGGAGAAUGCCGCGUGGGAGGGAGGAAGACAGGAGCGCAGACAGAGAGAGCGCUCAACUCCCAACAGCCUCAGACAGCCACUGGACAGCAGGUAAGUCACCCUCCUGCACCCAAAAGGUAGGAAACAGGAGGGUGACUGAAAUUGUAUAUUUUUCAUGCAUGUCUGUUUGUGUGUAUAUAUCUGUCUGCAUGUGUAUCAGUCUGUGCAUGUGUCUGUUUGUGUGUGUAUCUGUCUGUAUGUGUAUAUGCAUGUGGGUCUGUGUGUAUAUCUGUCUGUAUGUAUAUCUGUGUAUUUGUAUGUGUGUUUCUGUGUGUAUAGCUGUCUUUAUGUGUAUAUGCAUGUGUCUGUAUCUGUGUGUAUCGGUCUAUAUGUGUAUCUAUGUGUCUGUAUGAGUCUCUGUAUGCGUAUUUGUGUAUGUGUACCUGCAUGUGUGCCAGUGUGUCUGUAUGUGUUUCUGUGUAUCUGAAUAGGUGUCUGUAUGUGUUAGUGUGUGUUUGUGUAACUGCAUGUAUGUCUGUGUAUGUAUCUGCGUGUUAUUGUGUGUAUCUGCAUAUAUGUCAGGGUGUGUUUGUCUGUUUAUCUGUGUUUUAGUGUGUGUCUGCAUGUUUGUCAGCGAGUAUCUGUAUAUCUGUAUGUGUGCCAGUGUGUAUCUGUGUAUGCACCUGUGUGUCUGUGUAUCUGUCUUUGUAUGUCUGUGUAUUUAGAUGUAUGUACCUGUAUAUGUUUGAGCCUGUGUAUGUGUGAGUCUGCAUUUGUGUUAGUGUUUGCAUCUGUAUGUGUAUCUGUGUGUGUAUUUUCACUAGGUAAAAGUGUGACUAUGUCUACGAUCUCUGUGUGUUUUUUUAUUUUUGUGUGUCUUUGGGUGGAAGGCGUUUUUGCAUGCUAGAAGGUGGGCGGGAGGGGACCAGGGCGCCCAAGCUAAUGCUUGCCCAGGGUCCAGUCAACAUUAAAGACGGCCCUGGCCGCAUUGAGGCAGUAAUGGCUGCAUAAGGGGCCCAAACCAAGUACUGAGUCCAUAUGCAUGCCUAUACUUUUCAGAGGUCCGAUAUUGUUCUAUGUACACUCCUUGUUUUAUUGAUUGCAUGUAAUAUUCUAAUUUACUGAGAUUGUGGAUUUGGGAUUUCCAUGAACUGUAAGCCAUAAUCAUCACACUUAUGACAAAUCACGGCUUGAACUAUCUUGCUUUGCAUGUAAUGCGUCUAUCUCAUAUAUUAGUUUCCCCUUUUACAUUACAUUACUGAAAUAAAUGAACUUUUGCACGAUAUUCUAAUUUUUCGAGUAUCACCUGUAGUAGUUAGUGCAUACAUAGGAAUGAUAUGUAAUCAAGAUAGAUAAGAGAUAUACAUGGGAAAAGGUUGUUUUGACACAUUUGCCAGCUUCUAGUUGUCACCCUGAAAUAAGUAUCUAAUCGUCCGUGAACGUGCGCAGAGUUGCAAAGUGUUAAGAAUUAACUUUAUCCAUUUAAGUUCCCAGUUUGUGUUUGGAAAGAGGAAUGCAAACUCAGAUUGCAUAGUGCAGAAUGUAUAUUCCUUUUUUUCCCCAAAACAUACAGGAGGAAAAGUUGCUGAACUUUCAUAAAAAAGAAAGAAAGGAAAAUAAAUAAGCACGUGUUUUAUACCCCACCUCCUAUAGAAUGUAAGCUCGUUUGAGCAGGGUCCCCUUUAACCUAUCGUUCCUGUAAGUUUUCUUGUAAUUGUCCUAUUUAUAGUUAAAUCCCCCCUCUCAUAAUAUUGUAAAGUGCUACGGAAUCUGUUGGUGCUAUAUAAAUGGCAAUAGUAAUAUUAAUAAUAAUUAUUGCCAUUUAUAUAGAACCAAAGAAUUGACCAUCCACUAGAGGGAGCCACUGAGCAGUCCCUACUUUUCUUAACGCUUAUCUCACACAUUACUUUACAUUUAGUGGGAAAGUAUGGGUGGGCUAGCUGUAAGUGUCUUGCUUGGUUAUUCAGUUAAUUUUGGUAGGGAAAAUAUCCACAUUAUAGUUUUCUGGGGGGUUUUGGGAUCUCCAGAAAUUUUUUUGUAUGAAUUUCAGUAGUCAGCUUACUGCAGUAUUGAAAGUAUUUAUUAAUUACAGAUACAUAUUAAUAAUUAGAAAUAGUUGGGGAGAGGGAUUAAACCAUGUCAAGAGUUUAAUUUGUUUUCUUUAUUAAGGGUAGGCAAAACAAGAGAGAGCCUUUUCAUUAAUUGUACCAUGUGUUAAUUCCUAAUUUGAAGUGUAGAUCAGCACCGAGAAUGGUUUCAGUCAAAGAUAAUCUGUGUUUUGGACUAAGAGUUACUGCAUACUAGACCAAAUGAUUAAAAAUAAUUGGAAAUAAAAAUAAUUGGAAAUAAAUCACAUUCAUUUUCUUGCAUUUCAGGUGAGAUCAAGCCUGGUUUUAAACAUCAUAAGCUCAAUUAUUGCAGGUAUUGCAAUAAUACUGCUUUCGAUUGCAAUGGUUUUUCAAUGGUACAGAUCAAAUAUUUUCACCUGUUUUUAUUAUAAAUCAUCCGUUCACUGUGAAGGCAAUUUUAACCCUAAGGUAAAUAAACUCUCUAUUAUUGCUCUUAAAAUUAUGAGGACGAUAGACAGACAGAUCUGUAUUUAUCAUGUGAAUAGUAGUUUAAAGGAACACUCCAGGCAUCGUAAUCACUACAACCCACUGUAACAAUUCAAAUCAAAGACUAUUUUGACAACUUAUUUGGUCCUUUUGGGAGCAAGCUACCACCUCUCCUGCUGCUGGAAACGUAGCAGCUUGCAGGAGCUUCCACAGCAGCAAUGGCACAUGGCAGGACCCAUCGGGCAGGCUUCCGAUGCUCUGCCUGUGUGCUAAAUGCCUCAAGGGGUCGAGGCACUCAGUGAAGACCCCCUUGAGGACUAAUGACGGUUCUGAACCAUCAUAAUGUAAAACGAGCCAUCCUUAUUACUUACCCGUUCGCCGCUGUUUCCUCGCCGGUGAUCAGUGUUGCUUACCAUCUGGGGGGGACUGCCUGACAGCCCAGACAGUCCCACCACAGCAAAUUAGGCCCCUGCGGGCCAUGUGAUCUCUCUGAAAGAGCGAUCAUAUGGCCUCAAUAGCCGUCCAUGCAUCUGCCUGCAGGGGGACUGCCUAAACUGACAGGCAGUCUCCCUGCUUCUGAAAAAUAAAAUAAGUAAGCAAAUAGAAAAAAAAUAAAAAUAAAAAUAUAUAUAUAUAUAUAUAUAUAUAUAUAUAUAUUUUGUCAUGCGAAGUGCAUAUGUUAAUAUAUACAUAUAUUAAUAUAAAAAUACACUUAUAAUUAAAUUACACACAUACAGUUGCAAGAAAAAGUAUGUGAACCCUUUUGAAUGAUAUGGAUUUCUGCACAAAUUGGUCAUAAAAUGUGAUCUGAUAAUCAUCUAAGUCACAACAAUAGACAAUCACAGUCUGCUUAAACUAAUAACACACAAAGAAUGAAAUGUUGCCAUACUUCACAGUUGGGAUGAGGUUUUGAUGUGGGUAUGCUGUGCCUUUUUUUCACCACACAUAGUGUUGUGUGUUUCUUCCAAACAACUCAACUUUGGUUUCAUCUGUCCACAGAAUAUUUUGCCAGUACUGCUGUGGAACAUCCAGGUGCUCUUGUGCAAACUGUAAGCGUGCAGCAAUGUUUUGUUUGGACAGCAGUGGCUUCCUCUGUGGUAUCCUCCCAUGAAAUCCAUUCUUGUUUAGUGUUUUACAUAUUGUAGAUUCGCUAACAGGGAUGUUAGCAUUUGCCAGUGACUUUUGUAAGUCUUUAACUGACACUCUAGGAUUCUUCUUCACCUCAUUGAGCAGUCUGCGCUGUGCUCUUGCAGUCAUCUUUACAGGACGGCCACUCCUAGGGAGACUAGCAGCAGUGCUGAACUUUCUCCAUUUAUAGACAAUUUGUCUUACCGUGGACUGAUGAACAGCAAGGCUUUUGGAGAUAAUUUUAUAACCCUUUCCAGCUUUAUGCAAGUCAACAAUUCUUAAUCGUAGGUCUUCUGAGAGCUCUUUUGUGCGAGGCAUCAUUCACAUCAGGCAAUGCUUCUUGUGAAAAGCAAACCCAGAACUGGUGUAUAUUUUUUAUAGGGCAGCUGUAACCAACACCUCCAAUCUCAUCUCAUUUAUUGAACUCCAGUUGGUUGACAUCUCACUCCAAUUAGCUCUUGGAGAUUUUAUUAGUCUAGGGGUUCACAUACUUUUUCCACCUGCACUGUGAAUGUUUACAUGGUGUGUUCAAUAAAAACAUGGCAACAUUUCGUUCUUUGUGUGUUAUUAGUUUAAGCAGACUGUGGUUGUCUAUUGCUGUGACUUAGAUGAUGAUCAGAUCACAUUUUAUGACCAAUUUGUGCAGAAAUCCAUAUCAUUCCAAAGGGUUCACAUACUUUUUCUUGCAACUGUGUAUAUAUAUAUAUAUAUAUAUAUAUAUAUAUAUAUAUAUAUAUAUAUAUAUAUAUAUAUAUAUAUAGAAUAUAUAAGUAUAUUUUGUAUGUAUAUAUUAAAAAAUAUAAGUAAAAAAAAUAAAUAAAAAAAAGUAAAAAUAAUUUUUCCAAAUUUCAAAAAAAAUUAUAUAUGUAAUUUUAUUCUAACUGUAUUUUGAUUUUAAUAUAUUUAUAUCAAAAUACAGUUAAAAUGAAAUUAUAUAUGUGUAAAUAAAAAUACGAAAUAUAUAUCUCCAUAUACACAAUUACAUAAAUAAUUUCAUAAAUAAACACGUAGACAUCAAAUAUAUAAAUAUGUAUUUAUAUUUAAAUUCUACGUGCAUAUUUAUGUAAUAUUAUUACAUAAUUAAGUAAUUGUAUUGAUUGCAAUUUGAGGGACCUGCCUGACAACCCAGGCCGAAAGUCCAGAGAACUUAAUUUGCUAGCACUGGUUGUAGGUUGAAGAUGUACAACCGAUUUUGGGGGUCAAAGUUAGAAAAGGUGUGUUUUAAAAAAAAAAAAAAGGCAGCACUGCUGUUCAGCGUCUCCACGCUCUGCAUGGGGAAGCUUAAUUUUUCUCAAAGAGAUGCAUUGAUUUAAUGCAUUUCUAUGAGGAGGUGCUGAUUGGCCAAUGGUGUUUGGCCCCACCCCAUUGCUGAUUUUAGCCAAUCCAAUGCUUUGGCUAAAAAUCAGCAAUUCUGAUUAUGUCACCAAGGGGGCAGGGCCAGCGCCGGCAGACUUGUGCGGCGCUGGAAAUAAGGUGAAUUUUUAUUGCUUUUAACAGGGCUGGGGGUGGGGAAAGCCACCUAAAUGGUGGGUUUAGCACUGUAGGGUCAGGAAUACAUGUUUGUUUUCCUGACCCUAUGUAACAGUCACCUGGGGACUUAUGUAACAGUUUAACAGGAGUUGAAGCCCAGUUGCAGGAGAUGGCACAGGGAGGAGGCAAAAACCAGAAGCGCAGUACAGAUUAAAGGACCACUAUAGUGCCAGGAAAACAUACUCGGUCCCCCUCCCGCCAGGCUCUAGAGUGAGAAAGGGGUUAAACUUACCUCUUUCUCCAGCGCCGGGAGCUCUCCUCCUCGGCUGAAUGUGCAUGCACGGCAAGAGCCGCCCGAGCAUUCAGCCAGUUUCAUAGGAAGACAUUCACAAUGCUUUCCUAUGGACGCUGGCAUCUUCUCACUGUGAAAAUCACAGUGAGAAGCACGCAAGCGCCUCUAGCGGCUGUCAAUGAGAGAGCCACUAGAGGCUGGAUUAACCCUAAUAUAAACAUAGCAGUUUCUCUGAGACUGCUAUGUUUAUAGAAAAAAGGGUUAACCCUAGCUGGACCUGACACCCAGACCACUUCAUUAAGCUGAAGUGGUCUGGGUGCCUAUAGUGGUCCUUUAAGGGGAAAUCCAAAGGCAGGGUCAGACGAGAAGCAGAAGUCAGGGCUGGCAGCAGAGUAAUGUAGUCGGUAAAGCAGGCAGAGGUCAGAGUCCAGGAAAUCAGUCAGUAGCGAAGCAAAGAUCCGUCAGGAAACUCCAAACAGGCAAAACAACCAGAUGCUAGGUUUCAGGCAGUGCUGGCUUUUACAGCCUGCAAAUUAGAUGCAGCUGACCCUAAUUGGAAAAGGGCAACAGGUGGAUCAGCACUGCUUAAUCCAGGCAAGGGGUCAGGAUGCAGAAUAAUGCAAACAGAAACUGAAGCCCCCUGGUGGACAGCACGGCAGAGAACCUGACUGGGGCUGUGAGUUCAAACCCAGCCAGGUCUCAAAGGGGUGGCUGGGCUCGGGCUGUGCCGUGACACCCUAUAGUGUUCUUUUAACAGUAAGAAAAUUGAAAAAUGGUCUAAUCACUAAGGGGUUAAUAGAAGCAAAAGGAAGCUUUUCUUUUCCCAAUCCAUGUGCAUUUGGAAGUGGGUGGAGGAAGUAAUAAAUGCGAGCUUCAUACUGACCACAUGUUAGGCUCCUUCUUAAGUCCCCUGAUUCACUGAAAGCAUCAAGGGAUGUAAAAGCAUAGCAAUGUUGGCACCACAGGCCAAGUGCUUUCUCUUCUUUUUCUAUCAAUUUCAGUUUUUCACUUUGUUUGUGCUUUUUUUGGGACCCUCUGAGCACCAUAACAACUUCAUCAAAAUUAAGUUGUUAUGGUGUCCAUAGGUCCCCGGCGCCGGUUUACCUUUACAGGUUAUACCGUUCUUGAAUGUUCCAAACCCAAAUUUGCUUCUCCAGGACCAUUUUGAUCUGCCUCUUCCCCAAGAUCUACUUUCUGAAAAUCUUCAAAACAGAAGUCUCGGUCUGCCAUGUUAAAGGACAUCGCUGAUUGGCUUAGGGCCGUCAGUUGAUGUUCUAAGCCAAUUAGUAGUGGCAAAUGGUGACACGACACCCCCUUCCUCCCCGUACCUCCCAAGUCCUUCACUCAGCCCAUCUACAGAACAUUCAUCCUCCUGCAGUGCUGGGAAGUUAUGUAACAAAAGAAGGUUGAAGCAGCAGGAAGAACUUGUCCUCAGUGUGGGAUAGUAGACAAGUUGUUGCUUUGGGCCGUAGACUGAGGGGGGCAUGCCAGCAAAGGUUACUCAAACCAAAAACAGUAUUUUGUUCAAACAAUAUUUUUUUUGUGUUGGAGUAAACCUUUACUGUAAUGUCAAGAAUACAAACAUGUAUUCCUGACACUAUAACCCUGGUAUGGCUGUUUAGGUACCCAUCAACCCACAGCAGUAAAAAAGUUUGUUUACUCCCACGAUGUGAUGGUCUCGUCCUGCCUCCAUGGCUGAGAUCAUCAGUCUGAAUGAUCUCAGCCAGUCCAAUGCUUUCCUAUAGGAAAGAGUUGCGCUGCAAAACACUGGGCUGCGCUAAUCGGUAUGUCCUCAUAGAGAUGAAUGAAUCAAUGCAUCUUUAUGGGGAACGUUCAGCCACUAAAUGCAGGAAACUUCUCUAGUGGCUGUCUGAGGGACUGCCGCUAAAGGUGUUCCUAGGAAGCAAUGUAAACACAACCUUUUUCUGAAAAGGCAGCGUUUACAGAGCUCAGCCUACAAGCACAUGCUAUAGACACCAGAACAACUACAUUGAGUGACCCUUUAAUGUUGUUUAGUAUAAGUAUAGGGUAUCUGAAAGCCCUAUCCAUCCUUUACAAACAAGAUCAAGUAGGUACAGGUACACUUAAAGAAAAAGUGUUAAAUAAAGGUGGAACAAAUAAAAAGUACCAAAAAGUCUUGUUCAUCAAAACACAGAGUCUCAUAAAAACAUUUGUUGUGAAAUGGUUAAAGUGUGCAAAAUAGAUGCUCUUUUUGUCUCUGUGUAUUAAAAUGUAUUUACAGGGUGAGGCAAGAUUGGAUUCAUUUUUGAUUUCUAAACAUUUUUCUCAUUGCAGCCUGUUGUCGAUGGAAUACUGGCAUUGCUUUUCAUAAUGACAGUAUCACAGUUUUGUAUCACAAUAUCCACAUCUGUUUUUGGAUGUAAAACUGUGUGCCGGACAUCAUAUAAUGAAACGGUAAGUUAAAUGUUUAAAGAUAUGCUGAAAUGAAUUAUUCAGGAGAUGGAAAACAAAACUCCUUUUCUCUUCUUUCAAGUCUUACAAAUAUGCGUACUUCCAUUGAGCAUAUGUAGUUUAUGGAACCAGUAACUAACAACUAUGAUGAGUCCAUUGAUAUACAUUUACUUAAUAGAAUGCGAUUUUACACAAAUAAGUUAAAGUCGAGGGGAGCCAUGUUAACUAUGGGUGACAGUUACUAGUUACUCAGUAAAUUCUACUGCAGUGUUACUAGGGUGCCCACGUGUCCCGGAUCGUCCGGGACAGUCCCGCAUUUUGAGAGUCUGUCCCGGGCACCCUCAUUCCGGGACAAUGUAGUGGGAAGCCUGUCCAGCUCAGUUGCUUUGGGCCCUGUCGGGCUAGUGAGGAGAUCAAUGAUCUCCCUCACCGGCCUGACUGACCCUUCGUCCGUGACACAAUACACAAGAUCCAGGCACUCACUUAUCCACUAAACAGCAACUUUAAUGUUGACAGAUUUUAUUAGUUUUUUUUAAAACACCUAAUCUAGGCAAAAAUAAUGGGGGUUUAGUUACAUUAUAUGAUCAUACAUUGCAUAAGCCUGCCACGACUUCAAUGUACCCCAUCUUUCGCAGGUCCUACUCGAACAGUCUAAUGUCUGUUCUUAUGAGAUUAACCCACUUACUUGGGGAAAAAUUCCAUCUGGGUCUCUCUCUGCAGUAUAAGGCUAAAUAGGGCCCUGGAUGAGGCACCUGUGACAGGGAGGGGUGCAAAACCAAAGAGUUGGCUCCCAAGGAGUUAGACUCCCAAAUAUAUAUAUAUAUAAAAAAACAGGGGGCUGCACUCACCUGAACAUGCAUAAACGGGUGCUGCUGGGGGCCAAAUUAUACAAUACACAAGAUCAAGCGCACUCAGCCCCCAGCAGCACCCCAUUUAUGCAUGUUCGGGUGAGUGUAGCCCCCUGGUUUCAUAUUUAAAUUUAAUAUAUAAGAGGUAAUAAAUAUAUUCAACCAUGACAGGUGCAUUCUGUAUUGAGGUAUAUUGCAAUAGAUCUCUUUAUUUUAAAUUUCUCUAUAUGAGGAUUUUAAAGAUUUGGCAGGGCCUGAUCUUUAUUUGCGGUCUGAAAAUGAGUGUCAUUUGUUAUCUUAGCAACCAGGUUGGUAGCACAUCCAACAAAAUAAUUAUUAAAGGCAUUUGCUACAUCUAGGGGGUGUUGCAGUGUUUGGUUGUCCUUUUUGACAGUGUUGGGAGUGGAUUGUGGGGGUUUGUAUGCUAUUUCUGAUUUUCCAGAAGUUUCUUGGGUUUGUUAUGUUAUUGUUCAAAUGUUCACUGAAAUAUUGGGCCUUUGCCAUUUUUGUUUGUUAUGUGCAUGCAACACACACACACAUACACACACACUUUGUAGUCUGUUAUUUAUGGUUAGUAAAUUAUUCAUAUUUUUUUUAAACGUUCCUGCUCAUUAAAAAAAAAACAAACAAAAAAAACAACUGUUCUUUAAUGCAACUUGUUUUGUUUUCUUUUUCUAUUUCUUAAAGGACCACUAUAGGCACCCAGACCACUUCAGCUAAUGUUAACCCUUAUUUCUAUUAACAUAGUUUCAGAGAAACUGCUAUGUUUACCUAUGGGUUAAUCCAGCCUCUAGUGGCUGUCUCAUUGACAGCCGCUAGAGGCACUUCUGACUGUGAAAAUCACAGUGAGAAGACGCCAGCGUCCAUAGGAAAGCAUUGAAAAUGCUUUCCUAUGGACUGGCUGAAUGUGCGCGUGGCUCUUGCCGCGCAUGCGCAUUCAGCCGAGGAGGAGAGUCCCCGCCCAGCGCUGGAGAAAGAGGUAAGUUUAACCCCUUCCACCUCCUAGAGCCCGGCGGGAGGGGGACCCUGAGGGUGGGGGCACCCUCAGGGCACUAUAGUGCCAGGAAAAUGAGUAUGUUUUCCUGGCACUAUAGUGGUCCUUUAAGAGAUGUCUAAGUAACAAGUUAAUGUUUGCAGAAAUACUAAAAAAAAAUGCACUGGCAUAUGUUUUUGCCAGUCUCAAGUAUAAAUUUGAUGAAAUGCACUCGUGAAAGUAAGUGUUCCUGAAUGGCAGUUAGGAAAUGUGGUCAGGGCCGGUGCAUCCUAUAGGCGACUUAGGCAGUCGCCUAGGGCUCCCCUUAGGAAGAGGUGCCGCGAGGAGCGCCAGCGCUCUCUAUAGAGAGCCUCUGGCAGCUGCAGCAAUGCCCAGGCUGGCGCGUCGAUUAGGGAUGGAAUCCCUCAAAUCUAUGUUCGGGGAAAUGUGAAAAAUUUGAAAAUUGAAAAACGGUCUGGUCAAUAAGAGGUUCAUGCAACUUGUUUUGUUUUCUUUUUCUAUUUCUUAAGAGAUGUCUAAGUAGCGAGUUAAUGUUUGCAGAAAUAGUGAAAAAAUACUUGCCAGUCUCAAGUAUAAAUUUGAUGAAAUGCACUUGUGAAAGUAAGUGUCCUUGAAUGGCAGUUAGGAAAUGUGGUCAACCUUAGACUAACGCAGCGGUGGUAAGUGAAAGAAAAUUACCUUCGCUGCCCUUCAACAUUUCAGUGAUUUGGCCAACUCAUGAUGCCUUGAACAUGCGCAUGUAUGCUCUGGAAUCUAAACUAAAACAUUUUAAAAUAAUUAUAGAACAACUAAUAGCUGUUUUAGUUAGCUACUAGGCUGUACUAAAAUUGUGGAAGGGAAAGUCCCUUUUUAAAUACUGUGCGCAAAAGGUGAUUAAUUGCAAAAUGUAUGUAUUAUUAUAAAUAAUUGGAGACUUAUUUAACUAUUUUAACUUGUAUUUUGCAAUUCAGUUUCAAAAUUACUUUUCAAUUAACCCCCUAAUUUUCUACCCUUGCAUUUCUAAAUGUAACACUAAAUUUAAAAUGUAUUUACAGGGUGGGGAAAGAUUGAAGUUAUUUUAACCCCUUCAGGACGGAGUCAAUAGUGCACGUUCUGAUCAAAACAAAACGUAAACAAAAACUGGAAUUUGCGCUAUAUGUCUGUCCAACCGUAAUUCACCGCUGUCACAUUAAGUACCCCCUCACUUAUUAUAUAUCAUUUCGUUCAGGAGAAACAGGUCUUUAAUUUAUCAUUAACUAUUCAUAUAUGGAACAUAAUUUAUUAUGAAUAAAAUUUAAAAAAAAUUGAGAAAAUAAGAUUUUGUUUUAAAUUUGUAUUUCUGUCUGACAUUUUAGCUGUGAAUGUCAUAAUACUGUUAGGUUUUACUGCAAAAAAAUGCACAUAUUUGUAAUCAGUGAUGUCUCACAAGUACAACAGUACCCCCCAUUAACAGGUUUUAUGGUGUUUUGGAAAGUUACAGGGUCAAAUAUAGAAUGUUCCAUUUUCAAAUUGAAAUUUGCCUGAUUAGUAAUGUUACCUUUGAGAAGGUGUGGUAGCCCAGGAAUGAGAAUUACCCCCAUAAUGGCAUACCAUUUGAAAAAGUAGACAACCCAAGGUAUUGAAAGUGGGGUAUGUUUAGUCUUUUUUAGUAGCCACUGGCUAAACACUGGCCAAAGUUAGAGUUCAUAUUUGUUUUUGUGUGAAAAAAGCAAAAAACUAAUAUUUGGCCAGUGUUUGUGACUAAGUGGCUACUAAGAAAGACUGGACAUUCCCCACUUGUAAUACCUUGGGUUGUCUACUUUUGCAAAUGGUAUGCCAUCAUGGGGGUGAUUCUCAUUCCUGGGCUACCAUACGCUCUCAAAGGCAACAUAACCAAUCUGGCAAAUUUCAAUGUCAAAAAAACGAAAUGUAAGCCUUAUAUGUGACUCUCUAACUUUCCAAAACACCAUAAAACCUGUACAUGGGGGGUACUGUUAUUCUCGGGAGACUUCACUAAACAGAAAUAUUAGUGUUUUAAAACAGUAAAACAUAAUACAACAAUAAUAUAGUCCAUAAAUUGCCGUUCGUUUGUAAAAAAAAAUGCAAAAAACUUAACUUUUACUUAAAAUAUCAUCGUUGUAAUACAAUUUAUCAGAUUUAAACAUUAAUAUUUGAGUUCAGCAAAGUCUCCCGAGUAAAACAGUGCCCCCUAUGUACAGGUUUUAUGGUGUCUUGGAGAGUUACAGGGUCAAAUAUAGUGCUUGCAAAUUAAAUUCUCUGCACUUUUUCGCUGUGUUGUCAGGCAUGUCAAUCAAAUUUUAAUUAAUCAAAUCACAUACUUAUGUUAAAAGAUUACUUAAAUAUACACGUAGAAUUUAAAUAUAUAUGCAUUUAUAGGUAUUUAAAUUCUACGUGUAUACUAAUGUAUUCUUUUAUGUAAUAUAUGUAUUUAUCUCUAUAUAUAUAUUUGCGGUUAUUUGUAUUUUACAUAUAGAAAGAUAUAUAUAUAUAUAGAAUGUCAUUCUAAGUGUAUUUUGUUACCAAUAUAUAUAUAUAUUAAUAACAAAAUACAGUUAGAAUGAAAUUGCAUAUGAAUAUAUAAUUUAUAUUAAAUUUUGUUUCAAUAUUUUAUUUAUUAUUGUAAUUAUACGUAUAUAUAAUAUAUGUGUAUAUAUCUAUUGUAACGGCACCCCGGGCAUAAAAGGGGUUAACAGCCGUUUAGAAGAUCUUCCCCUUCCAGGGACACAGGCACAGCUACUAUAGACACCAAUCCACCGAACCAGAGAAGCAUAUGAAUGCUGUAAACAGCCGAACCGGAACCAUUUGAAUGCUGUAAACAGCCGAAUAGGAAAAAGCAUACGAAAGGUUUACACUCCUAGCAGUCGAACGGGAACAGCAUACAAUAAAUCCCCCCCAAGAACAAGAUAAAGCUCCGUGUUGAGGGUCAAGCAAUGAAACGGAGCUGUGGGUUUAUUGUUCUUAUAUACACAUUAGUACCACCCACAGGGGUUUGGAAAACAACCAAUAAACACGUACAAUACACUCAGACACUCCCACACAAAAUCCUCCCCUCUGCCUGUGAUACAAUUAUCUUACACAAUGGGUAAUGUAAUUAUCACAGCCAGAGAAAUACAGUUUUUCCACAUUAUUCAUAACUUGAAAAGUAUGCAUCACAUUCACAUAACACAUUUUCAGAAUCAGCAUACUCCAAAUACAAACAUAUGUCAAAAUCAUCCAAAUUGGUCCAUUGGUUCAAAAGAUAGAUCAAAGUCCUUUGUGACCAAAUGAAGCAUGGCUUUUCUGCCCAAAACCAGUUCCACAGAGUCUUCUAUCCUGGAGAUAAUUGGGAAGUAAUCCAAUUAUCUCCAAGGACAGAGGCAAAACUCCAUUGAACACAUGGCAGCAAAAGACAAUAAAACACAUAAAAACAUAUAACUGUGCAGCCAUUGCACAAAACAGGUACAUUCAACAUAUCCCCAGAUAGCUCAGAUCUGAGCGCACAUUAUUACUGAAUGGCGCUCAGAGCACACACAUACAGUUCAAUUACCAUGGAGCCAAAGUCUUUCCCAUAGUCUUUCAUUAUACGAAUGGGCUCCAUGGCAUAGCUAUCUGGGGUAUCACCGCUCAAACAGGGCAAGCACCGAAUUACCCGGCUUUCGUGUCUUCGCAGAGGAAAAUUAAGCGUUUCAACAUGGGGCCAUAGUCUAAAGGCAGCAGGCGGGCAACCAGGCUCCUCCAAUGCACAGUGGCGAGAUUGGUCUCGUCACAUCUAUUAUAUAUAUAAUAUAUAUACAUAUAAUAUAUAUAUGUAACGUCAUUCUAAGUGUAUUUUAAUAUUAAUAUAUAUACUAAUAUUAGUAUUAAAAUACACUAUGUAUGACGUUAUAUAUAUCUAUAUUAUAUACAUAAUAUAUAUAUAUAUAUAUACACACACACACACUUAAUUAAUUUUACACGUUUAUUUUUUUUUUUUACAUUUCCCACCAGCAGGGGGACUGUCUGAUAUUUCAGACAGCCCCCCUGCUGGCAGAUCCAUAGCCAGCUAUAGGGGGCCAUGUGAUCGCUCUUUGAGAGUGAUCACAUGGCCCCCGGGGGCCUCAUUCACCGGGGGAGGGCUGCCUGGGCUGUGAGGCAGCCCUCCAGAAGAGGAUCGCGGCGGAGAUAAGUACGCCGGACCUCCCCUGGGCUUAAGCGGUUACGGCGUUCUAUGCCGCCGCAACGGCUUUAAAGCCCUUUAAAGCCGUGACGGCAUAGAACGCCGUAACGGCGUUAAGGGGUUAAAAUAAUCAUGCAUUUCCAACGACAAAUGAAAUAUAAAUCAUUAAAGGAACACUUCAAACACAAUAAUUACUAUGGUGACAUAAGUGAAUUGGUGCACUCCUGUAGUAAGUAGUCAGACUGUUUAAGACUUAUUUGACAAGUUUCCUGGCUCCCAUCGAGCACCUGACACCACUUCUACUGCUGCUGGAAGCUUCUGCCUGUGACCUAAGCUCAACAAUGCAAGGCCACACUGAUUGGCUGACAGCACUGAGCUGAUGCAAUUUAGCUAAUGAGGGUCACACUCAUUGGCUGACAGCAUCAAGCGGAUGAAUUCAACACUCAGCUAACGAGCAUGGCUGUGCAGAACAGAGCUUAGCUCAAAGGAGCUAAGAGCACCUGGCAGGCUGCGAUGGGCACCCAUUAAGGCCUAAGUUGUCAAACUGCUCUUAUACUGAUUGAACACAUACUCUGGUAGGGCACCAUAACCAGUACAGCAGGCCAUAGUGGUAAUGAUGGUUGAAGUUUUCCUUUAAAGGGAGGUCAUUUAAAUGUGUAUUUGUAGUAUUUUUCAAACAGAAUUAAAGUAGAUAGAGUCAACAGGGUGGUAAGAUGCGUAGAAAAUAUGAGAAUAAAAAACACAAAGGGGGUAAGAAACAGAAAAGCGGAAUAGGAAUAAGGGGAUGAGGUACACAAAAGGGUCAUAAGAGGGGCAAAGGGGGGAAAGGAGACACAAAAGAGUAAUAGGGGUAAGAGAUCCAAAUGGGUAGGAGGGUAAAGAGAUAAACACGGGUGGAGAGAUGUGUACUAAGUCACACAAAAAUUUACAGUUUGGAGGUGGUACCAAAACACAGAGUGUCAGCUGAAAUUGACAUUGACAAAGCUGAAUUUUAAAAUUUCACAUCAUUGCAGCCAAUGAAGAGGCGGUCUCUGGGUGUGCCAGGGAGAGGCCUGGAUAUUUGUAAAAAUCACUCCCCUAUGGUUUGACAGUGAUGCGCCAAAUUAUUGCCUACAUAUCCAUUGCAUUGAGAUGCAGUGAUUAGGCUGUUUAGAAAGUCCCGUUAAAUGUGAAUUAUUUCAGUAGAUUAAAAUUGUUAAUAUUUUUAUAUAAAUCAUUCUUGCAGAAUGUUGAAAAUGUUAGUUGAUUUUAUAUAAUUAUUAACUGCUUUAGAAUACUCAAAAUGUUAAUGUUUUUUAAAUAAUAAAUUAUAUACUAUGUUGCACUAACACAGAAUUUCAUUUAUAUUUUAUUUUAGACAGUAAUAAUUUAUCAAGCCUCCUCGGUGAUAAACGCUGGAAAUAACAUGACUGCUGAUCCUACUACCUUAACUACAGAUGAAUAA